AGCAUUUGAAACCUGAAUCUUGUUCCUUUGACCACUGACCUUUGAUUUUUUUUCCUGUCCUGAUAAGAAGCAGAUUUCAUUGCAGCGUGUCUCAUUUUUCUGUCUGAUAUCUGAUGUAAACAAAGAAAAUGUGUUCUCUGAAAGAUGGCGUUACUUUCUAUUUGAUGUAUUCCAGAUCUCUGCAUUUGUUCCAAGAACAGCACUAAACGUCUCUGAAACAUGAUGGACACCGAUAUGCAGGAGAUUAAAGUACAAACAUAGGAAGACACAUGUGCCUACACACACACACACACACACACACACACACACACACACACACACACACAUACACACACACAUGUUGGUUUGUCUUACUAUGCUUGUGAGGACAUAAUUAUUAAUGCAGCUAAAUAAGGCUAAACCUACACCUAAAUCAAACCUUAUCCUUAACCUCACUAUCCUAAAGAGAAAAUUUGGGCUCAUUUAGGUUUUUCCCUGCAGUUUUUUUAUUUUAUUUUAUUAAAAAGCAGUUUUCCUCAUGGGAGCAGCCAAUUGUCCCCACAAGGUUAUAACAGUCUUUCACACACAUGCAACUGGACAGAAAAAGAGAACAGCCAGUUCUCCCUCUCUGUCUGUAUUUGGGAAUAUUGGUGAAACGGUUAUUCUUUGGCCACACAAUGUAUAUGGCAACAGAAAGCAUUUGAAGUUCCCACUGUUUGGCUUUGGGUUUAUCUGGUAUUGCAAAGAUCAUGCAAGUCCUGCCACAGAAAAAUGGCUAGAAAAAUAAUUCCAGUCUCCACCGGUUUAGGAUGUUUCACCAAUUUUUUUAAUGAAGGAUGAAUGGCAUAAUAUUUCUGUUAGCUUUUGACUUGGAUUACUUGAAGUUUUAGUUUGAUUAAUAGCUGUUUUGAUUUCAAGAACUGCUCAGACAUAAGUGACAGGUAUUUGCGAUGUAAUUUAGUGAGUUUGGUCAGAAGUUCCCGAAGUUCUGCCAAAAUAACCUUUCAGUAUGUUCAUUUUGAUCUCGUUUAUAUAUUUAUGUAUUUCUUUUUGUAUUUCAGUUCUUCUUUCCUCCGUCAAUCCCUAUCUUCCUUCCAUUCUUCCCCGUGUAUUUGUUUGUUUGUUUGUUUUUAUCUAUCUAUCUAUCUAUCUAUCUAUCUAUCUAUCUAUCUAUCUAUCUAUCUAUCUAUUUUAACUUUCUUCCAUCUUCCCCUCCUCCCUUUCUUCCACAUUUAUUUAUUCAUGCAUUAUACAUUUAUUUCCUCCUUCCCUUCUUUUGUCUCCAUGUAUUAGUUUGUUUGUUUGUUCAUUUAUUUAUUUCCUUCCUUCCCUCAUUUAUUUAUUUAUGCAUUACAUAUUUAUUUGAUUCCUCCCUCCUUUCUUACUUAAACCCUUAUUUCAUUCAGAACUGAUCUGUUAGUCUAAUCUCAACAGCACUUACAGAACAAUCAAAAUUCUUUUGCAGCCAUACAUGUGUAUGUAUGUACUAUGUAUUCCUAGUCAUCUGACUAAAAGUAUCGUUGAUGAGGUCCAGAGAACGCAUUCGAUUUUUCGAGCUGACUGUCACAUAAACUAAGAUAUCCUGCACACUUCAUCAGCAUUUCUAUAAACUCUUUUUGUAACACUGCCAAACUUUUGAGCCUGACUUGCAGUGCAACGAGCGCUGGACUUGUAACCUGGAGGAAUGCCACUUUUACUCAGAGUACAUUUUAUAGCUUCUAUACAACCAUGCUGUGGGUAUCCACAAAAUUCCCCCUGGAUGAUUAACAGCAUGAUGUUACUUCUAUAUUUAAGAGAAGGAAAAAAAAACACUUUACUCACACUGUUUACAGACUAAAUAAUUGCCUUCCUCCAUUUAUCCUAAUAGUAUGCUAUUAUACUAUACCACAGAAUAUGAAUGACUCUAGAGAACAUGAUGCCUGAGAAUUAUGUCCAGCCUAUCCCAUUGUGGACAGGACUCCUACCUUGUGGAUAGUAUCGCAUCAUUAAGUAACGUUCAAUUUUUUCUUUCAUCUGUUGGCAAGAAUAAAACUGUACUUCUGGUCCUGAUUUGUCCAUAUGCCUAUAACAGAUGCUAUACAUAUACUACAGAUAUCCAAAUGCACCCUUAAAAGUUCUUUGAGUCCUAAAAUGGUUCUACUUGGAACCUUGACUGAUAGGGAAACAUUCGCACUUUAAAACAAAUCUGAAUCAGAAGCAGAUCUUUUUUAAGAUUCUUACCCAAUAUGGUCAUUGGGUGUUGUGGUGAUGGCAGUAAUUUACUAGAGGGAAAAGGGUCAAGUUUUUUAUGUGAUGAAUCUCAACAUCAGGGUGAAUUUGUAGUUCCUGAAAGGGAAGUGCUGAGAAAGUUAAAGAGAUAAGGAGAUGACUUCACUUGUAUCAUGUAUCAGUGCAGUCAAUUUCUCUGUAUAUCCUACUCACCAAUGGAAGACAUGGAAACACUGAAGCAUUGCUGAAUUAUAUUAUUAUUAUUAUUAUUAUUAUUAUUAUUAUUAUUAUUUUACAUUUCCAAUAGAAAAAAUGUGACACAAGCAUAAUGUUUUGCUAAACAAUGACAUAUUUCAAGAAUUCUCACUGCUCACUAACAACAUAAGAAAAUAUUUAGUGAGGGAAAGCAUUUGUUUAGGCUUUCGGAUGGGUGUGAUAAAGAGAAAGCAGACAUCAAGGCUAAAGUUCCUGGGUGGAGAAACCAAAUCAGUGGAUGGAAAUGAAAAUAAUAAUAAUUUUAAAAAAUGUGACAGUUUUCUUAAUUUUAUGUUCUGAAUUCUUGAACCUCAGCAUGAACUUGGCAUCAUUGUAAAUUUGAAUCCUUGUGGACCGCCCAAAACUAUCAGAGUUCAUGCAGUGCAAAUCUGUAUUGUACUGCCUCCAUUCUGUAUAUCAAGGCACUGCAAGGAGAUCUGAAAACACUCAGUAGUGUCUAACAUGGAAUUUGAUGAAUUCCAGCUGUCUUAAAACUUUGAUCUGAUAUUCACCUGCUGCCAUGAAAUGAUGGAUAAACCACAUUAACCUUAAAAAAGAACAACCUUUAAAUCCCAGAACAACAUGUUCAGGUUCAUCGGGAAUUUUAAAGCAAAACACAUGGCUAGUAAUGUACCGAUGUAAAUUUUUCAUCCAAAUAUCAGGUGGCUCAAUAAUUAAUUUAUUUUAUGAAAAGACCAGGCUUAAAAACUAACUGAAAAACUAGUUGCUAUUACUUCCAAACACUUGCUAAUGAAUGGUGACUGGAUGUUUGGUGGGUUAUUUAGUUAUUAUUAUUUUUGUGUGUGUAGCAUACUUACUGUUCAUUUGACUUGACUUACUGUAUUUGUGAUGCCUGUAGAUGUUGAUAUUGCUCUCAAGGCAUUCGUGCUGUCUCAGGAAAUGCUUGUGUUACUUUGACAGGCCAUUGUUGAUCUUGUUGAAUUUGAAUGGCUCUUGUGCAUUUACAGGUAAUCAUGAGUGGUUAUCUAAUGCAGUGGUUUUCAAACUGGGGGUCGUGGCCGUCAGAUGAUGCUGGGGGGCACACAGAACAUUUUUUUUUUUAAAUUAUAAUAAUUACUUGUAUGUAAGUUGGGAUUGUGAACCUUUACACUAUGAUGUACAUAAAAAUGAGAAAUAUUAAUAAAUGAAAUAAAUUAUACACAGACACACACCAAACAGAGACAUCUGUUGAUAUACUAGUGCAGGGGUUCCCAAACUUUUCCAGAGCAAGGCCCCCCAAAUGGCAUUAACAUUUGACCGAGGCCCCCCUUUUGCAAGUUGUCUUUAAAACACAUUAAAAAUACAGACUCCUGAAUAUAUCUCCCUUUUUUACGUUGAUGUUUUGUCUGUUCAGCAAUUAGAAAGUUAGGUAUAGCAAAUGUAAUUUUAAUAUGUAUUGUUACAAAUAACAUGUUAUAGUAAUGCAUAUAUAUAACAAAUCAUGUAUUUAUUUUUCACAUUAAAUUGUUGAGGCCCCCCGGGUGGCCCCUGGCAGCCCUCACUUUGAAAACCACUGUACUAGUGUACUGUUAGCCACACGCUGAUAAAACAAAACCUAAGACUAUUUAAAAGGUAUAGGUUUUUACAUAGAGGAUGUAGAAAUGUAAUACAGAAGAGCCUAGUGUGGAAAAACUAAACUGUGAAAAUUUAGUGACUCUAGGGGGCCACAAAGGGAUGCACCCUACGCAAAGUGGGCCUCACUCUUUAAAAGUUUGAGAACCACUGAUCUAAUGAAGUGUUUGACCAGAUUGCUAUCACUUAUAGUGGUACAACCUGUAAUCUGCCAAACAUUGUUUGUGCACCAGCUCUGUUCAUAUUCCACAGCUAAUAGGUCUGUGUGCCUCUGUCUGCCUCCUCUAACUUUAUAAGGACACUGAGGUUGUAGGCACUCAUGCUAGUAGGCCAUCUGGUUCUGCCUUAAGUUGAUGAUUUCACAUGCUCCUAAGGGAGUACACUUUCCAAAACAAUUGCAAUAAUAGAUACUAAUAGGAUCAUCUGGAGGAUCAACUCAACUGCAAGACUAUUCCAGUGCAAGACCACCCACUCAUUGCUCCAUUAAGCCACUAAAUAACAUUACUGAUACAGCAUAAUACAUAACCUAUUAUAUUUGUUAUAAAAUUGUUUUGACGCCUACUAUAUAUAAGCUUUGUCUCACAAAACACUCUUUGAAUGAAAAUUAAAUGUUUAUCAUGACCAUUUAGAGGAUAAUGCCAUUUCAAACUAUAUUAUGUGUGGGAGUACUCUGAGAUAAAUAAUAAAAAGAAAGAAAUCACUUGGCUCAAAAUUGGAUUGAUAUAAUCUUCAGGUCACUCACUUGAGGUCGGCUAUGCCGUCACUUUAGGAAGAGGAGACUUGGAGAGGAUUAGAAAUGUAACCUAAUGCUGGCUGGAGCCCCGUUAGGGCCUCUGCAGCACCAAUGGCUGAUAUAGCUUUCUGUUCCUGUAGUUCAUAUUUAGAUUCAUAAUGACAGUAAAACUACACCAAGACAGUUUCUCUUGGAUUUUAAUUCAUGUGAAAUGUUGGUGGCCUGCAGUUUUAUGCUUCAUGGUUGAGGAUAAGGCACUACGAAAAUGAUCAUCCGAAUUUGCUUUAUCAAAUAGAAUUGGUAAGUAAACACUAUUUGUAUAUCUAUGUUAAAGUGUGUGCUAGUGAAUUAAUUGAUAAUAACACUUAACCGAUCUAUGGUAAUUGAAUUGCAGUGAGCAACCCAAGACAGUAAAUUUUGGUUAGCAACCUACAGACUUUGAAAAUAAUGAUUGGUGCAUAGAUGUAUACCCAGAUCUAGUAAGAAACAGCAAAUAUUUUAAUAUACCUUUGUAAGGGAAUUAUCAGGUUUAAUGUGCCAGAAUUGUGGAACUGUAUCUUUGGUAUUGGUGAGUGGGAUAAGAUAUUUGGUAUUGAUGAGAAGGAUUAGAACAAACUCAGCAGACAUAAUUAGAUAAUCCUACUGUAGUUUUAUGCAGUCUUGCAAUUAGUUCUAUGAGCAGUGGUUCAGAUACUACAACCCCAAUUCCAAAAAAGUUGGGACGCUGUGUAAAAUGUGAGUAAAACCAGAAUGCAAUGAUUUGAAAAUCUCAUAAACCCACAUGUUAUUCACAAUAGAAUAUAGAAAACAUAUAAAAUGUUUAAACUGAGGAAAUGUACUAUUGUCAUUAGCGGUUAAGCCUCUGGGUUACUGAUCGAAAGGUCGGGGGUUUAAGCCCCAGCACUGCCAAGCUGCCACUGUUGGGCCCAUGAGAAAGGCCCUUAACUCUCACUGCUCCAGGGGCACUGUAUCUUGGCUGACCCUGCACUCUGACCCCAACUUCCUGACAUGCAGAGAUAUGCAAAGAAAAGAAUUUCACUGUGCAUAUGUAUAUGUGACCAAUAAAGACUCAUUAUCAUUAUCAAAUAAAGAUCGAAUGGAUUCUGGAUGGAAGCUCUAUGUUGCUCUAAAACCUGAAAAUACCUUUCAGCAUUAAUGGUGCCUUUCCAGAUGUGCAAGCUGCCCAUCCAUAGGCACUAAUGCACCCCCAUACCAUCAGAGUUGCAUGCUUUUGAACUGAGCGCUGAUAAAAAGCCGGAUGGUCCCUCUCCUCUUUAGUCCCCUUUAGUUUAGAGGACGCGGCAUCCAUGGUUUCCAAAAAGAAUUUCUAAUUUUGAUGUAUCUGACCACAGACAAUGAGUUCUGGAGGGCCCGAAGGUCACGGGCAUGCAAUAUUAAUUUUCACCCUUGUCCCUUGCCCACAGAGAUUUCUCCAGAUUCUCUGAAUCUUUUGAUGAUAUUAUGUACUGUAGAUGAUGAGAUAUUCAUAGUCUUCACAAUUUUACAUUGAGGAACAUUAUUCUGAAAUUGUUCGACAAAUUGUAGAUGCAGUUUUUCGCAGAUUGGUGAAACUCUGCCCAUCUUUACUUCUGAGAGACUCUGCUAAUCUAAGAUACUCUUUUUAUACCCAAUCAUGUUACUGACCUGUUGCAAAGUAACCUCCAGCUGUUCCUUUUUAGUAACACUUACUUUUCCAGCCUUUUGUUGCCCCGGUCCCAACGUAUUUGAGAUGUGUUCCGGCCAUCAAAUUCAAAAUUACCUUAUUUUUUUCUUGGGUAAAUGGUACUUUUUAUCAGUUUAAACAUUUGAUAUGUUUUCUAUGUUCUGUUGUGAAUAACAUAUAGGUUUAUGAGAUUUGCAAAUCAUUGCAUGGAUUGGGGUUCAUUUUGAUCAUUUUGGAAUUGGGGUUGUAUUUUGAACAAGUAAACAAAUGCUGAAUGUCUUUUUUGAAAAGACAGAUGGGUCUCAUUGUAUGCCACCUAAACCCUGAAAUAGCUUCCUCCUUCAAUGUCAUUUGCCAAUGAAUGAUUGUAAUGUCUCAGAACAGUAUGUAGUUAUAGGACAUAGUGUACACUUAAAAGGAUUGUACUGAUCCGAUUCUUAUCCUUAAUACCUCUAUUACUUACCACAACAUGGAUCUGGACAGGGUUUUACAGUACAUUUCUAGCUAACAGUUAUAACCUCUGGAAACUCAACCAUAUAUGUAGAGCUGCUCUAUACCACAGCAUACAAUCUAUUUAAUUUUCUCUUGACACAGAACUAUGGGUAGACUCCAAAGAUGACACCUCUGAUGUGACACAUAGUGGGCUCCAGAGCACACCAACCUUCCUGAGCGGUAGCCCUGAGAUGCGACGGCAGUUUUGUGCCUUCUAUAAUUUACCAACAGAAUGGGCCAGCCGAGGACUCCAGACCAGUGAUCAAUGUUCAUCUUACCCCCAUCAGUAUGGCCAUCUCUCCUCCUGUUCCACUUGGCACUUCUGGGCCUCUGUAAUCCUGUUGUGCCUCCUUUAUCCUGUGUCCACCACUGCUGCUAUCUUCCGAGUAGGGGUGGUCGGGCCAUGGUCCUGUGACCUACUCUUUGCCAAAGCUUAUCCCAGUGCAGCAGCACGAUUAGCUGUAAGUCGUAUCAACCAGGACCCAUCCCUCUAUCCUGGGGUCACUUUUGAUUAUGUCAUCCUGGAGGAGGACUGUGAGACAUCGCGGGCUCUCUCCCUCUUCCUUGGCUACUAUGUGCAGGCAUCUGCCUUUGUUGGGCCGGUCAACCCAGGUUACUGUGACACAGCAUCCCUGCUGGGGAAAAGCUGGAACAAAACUGUGUUCUCCUGGUCAUGUAUUGGUCAUGAGCUAGAUGCCAGAGGCAGCCAUCCCACCUUUGUCCACACUAUGCCCCUGCCCACACUUGUGUUGAUGCAUCUCAUGCGGCACUUCCGCUGGGCUCGUGUGGGUAUCGUUUCCUCAGAUAAUGACAUCUGGGUAGAGACUGCAAGCAAGGUAGCCAAUGCUUUGCGCAGCCAUGGUAUGCCUGUUGGCAUAGUGGCAUCUAUUGGGAAGGAUGUGACCAGCAUGCGCAAGACUCUAGCUAAAGUCAAGAGAAUAGAAAACCUACGCUUGGUGGUCCUUUGUAUGCACUCAAUCUUAAUAGGGGGUAAAGAUCAGCAGAUGCUCCUUGAGAUGGCCCAUGAUAUGCGAAUGACAGAUGGCUCCAUGGUAUUUGUGCCCUAUGACACUCUCCUGUACAGCUUGCCCUACCAGAACCUUUCUCAAUACAUCCUUCCCAACAAUAGCAAGCUGCAGCACGCUUAUGACGCUGUGCUUACCAUCACUGUGGAGUCUCCAGAACGGCAGUCAUUUUAUCAAGCUUACACUGAGGCACAGACAGGCGGAGAGAUUCCCAAGAACAUUAAACCCCACCAGGUGUCCCCUCUGUUUGGUACCAUCUAUUCCUCCAUCAUGUUCAUAGCCCAUGCCAUGGAGAGUUUGAGAGCAUCAGGACAGUGGAUGUCUGGUGAUAAUCUUGCCAAGCAUGCACGUAACCUGACAUUCAAGGGUUUCAGUCACCCCAUCCGCACAAGCCAUUCAGGAUUGAGUCUACUGGAUUAUGUAGUGCUGGAUACAGAUGGCUUAUCAUGGGAACUGAGGCCUUGCUACCGCAUAGAGAUGGAGACAGACAAGGUACACUUCCUUGGUCAGUCUAUACACUUCCCCGGAUCGGGGCCACCUAAGACUGACUCCAGCUGCUGGUUCACACAAGGAAUCAUCUGUGGUGGAGGUGUGGAUCCUUUCCAUCUGAUUAUUUUCUUCGGCUGGGUCUUUCUACUAAUCUUCUCUUUUGUUGUAUCUCUUUAUUUUAUAAGGCGACGACUCAAUCAGAUUCAAUUAGUCCGGGGCCCAAACAAAAUCCUACUGACCUUGGCUGAUGUCACCUUCAUCAACCCAUCACUGAGUAACAAGAUGAGUUUGGAGGAAAGCAAGACCAGUGAUACAAGAAAAAGCAUCUCAGAACGCAGCCACAACUCUCCAUUCUCUAGUCAAUCUCCAGCCACCUAUGAGAAUUCAAAUGUCGCCAUCUAUGAGGGAGAUUGGGCUUGGUUAAAAAGACUUCCCCAUGGAAACUUUCGAAGUAUCAACCCAAGUACCACUGACGUGUUUGAACUGAUGAAAGACAUGAGGCAUGAGAACGUUAACCCUUUCUUGGGCUUCUUUCAUGACUGUGGGGUCUUUGCUAUAGUGACGGAGUACUGUUCCCGUGGCAGCCUGGAAGAUCUGCUGCAUAAUGACGAUGUCAAACUGGACUGGAUGUUUAAGUCUUCCCUCCUGAUGGACCUCAUUAAGGGAAUGAAAUACCUCCACCACAGGAAUGUAUGUCAUGGAAGGUUGAAGUCCAGAAACUGUGUGGUUGAUGGACGCUUUGUGCUCAAAGUGACUGACUAUGGCUACAACGAAGUGUUGGAGUCCCAGAGGUUUCCGUAUGUAGAGCCACAACCUGACGAGCUGCUGUGGACAGCCCCUGAGAUCUUGAGAAGUUCCUUUCCAGGGCUGAAAGGUAGUCUGGCAGGGGAUACUUACAGCUUCUCCAUUAUCAUGCAGGAAGUGGUGGUUCGAGGGCCGCCUUUUUGCAUGUUAGAGCAGUCUGCUCAGGAAAUUGUUCAGAAGGUGAAGAAGCCUCCACCAUUGUGCAGACCCACUGUAUCUCCAGACCAUGCUCCCCUUGAAUGCAUCCAGCUUAUGAAGCAGUGCUGGAAUGAGCAGCCUGAGAGAAGACCAACAUUUGAUGAGAUCUUUGAUCAGUUCAAGAACAUAAAUAAAGGGAAGAAGACUAACAUCAUAGACUCCAUGCUGAGGAUGCUGGAACAAUACUCCUCUAACCUGGAAGAACUGAUCAGGGAAAGGACAGAGGAGCUGGAAGUUGAGAAACAGAAGACUGAGAAACUGCUCACACAGAUGCUUCCACCGUCAGUGGCUGAGGCUCUGAAGUUGGGAAGCACAGUGAAACCGGAGUACUUUGACAGUGUCACUGUCUACUUCAGUGACAUUGUUGGCUUCACUACCAUUUCAGCCAACAGCGAGCCAAUCGAGGUGGUGGACCUACUUAACGACCUCUACACACUCUUUGAUGCAAUCAUCAGUAACCAUGAUGUAUAUAAGGUUGAGACAAUAGGUGAUGCCUACAUGGUGGCAUCAGGUUUGCCUGUGCCCAAUGGGAACCGCCACUCAGCUGAGAUUGCCAACAUGGCUCUGGAUAUCCUCAGUGGUGUAGGGACAUUUAAAAUGAGACACAUGCCUGAUGUACCGGUCCGAAUCCGAAUAGGACUUCACACAGGUCCUUGUGUAGCUGGAGUUGUGGGAUUGAUUAUGCCCAGGUACUGCCUGUUUGGAGACACAGUCAACACGGCUUCUAGAAUGGAGUCCACAGGGAUGCCAUAUCGGAUUCACGUCCAUUCCAGCACAGUUAAAAUACUGAUGGCACUGAAAGUAGGAUAUAAAGUCCAGUUGAGAGGCAGGCUUGAACUCAAGGGCAAAGGCACGGAAGAGACUUACUGGCUUAUUGGGAGAGACGGUUUCACCAAACCACUCCCUGUCCCACCUGAACUAAAGUCGGGGCAAGAGAAUAAGGACUUUAAGUUGAUGCUUCAGAAGGCGGUGAAGAAGAUCUCUGCUGUGCGUCAGGUGGCUCAGGUUACUCUGGCUGAUGAAGGCAACAUCAUGAUACACCAUCACUGACAACCUUUCACCUGUCCUCUUUUGUCCUGUGCACUUGACACAAGAACUUCAUGCAAUUAAUAAAUGAAACCAGGAAGUCCUUUUUUUUCUAUUUCAGCCUUCUUCUAUUUCUCUCUUGGUCUGGUCAAACUGGUUUGAGCUCUGGAUAUUUACUACUGCCUGUAGUUGGGUUGGUGUGUCUCUAAUAUCAGGACUUCUGCUUUAUUAUUAAUGGCUCCUGUUCAAGUUUGAGAGGGUAUGUCAUCAUGUGCAUUUCAGAGACUUUCACUAUGGCUUCUCAUUUUGGGACUGAACGAACUUUAUAUGACACAUAUAACACACACCUAUCAGGAAGUCAGCUGCUGAGUGGAAUAUUCCAGCACUGUCUCUACAUCUUGAACCCCCUCCUGAGAGAUUAUAGUCCUAUUCUGAAUAUAAAACAGCUUUGUGUCACAAGCCAGAGCCACAUAAGGAACUAAAAUUACCCACUGGGAAUCCAUUGCUCAGCAAGAGGAGGAUUGGAUCAGCAGCUGAGAGAUAGACAGAGACAUCAACAGAGAGACAGAGAAGUGGGGGUAAGAGAUUGGAUGAGGGGAUAAUAGACCUGUGUGCUUUCCAUUUGCAUACAAAUUUCAAACUCUAGUUCCUAUCAUUAAUAGGAAAGAUCUAUCCCUUCACGCCUGAGGAGAAAACUUCCAAACUGGGUCCUCUUUGUCCUGGCCAGGAAAUAAGGAGCAGAAACUUGGUGCAUAAAAAGAAACUAUAUUUGCACGAUCCAUGGAAUAAUUAGAGCUGAAUGAAACCACAUAUAGUGUCCAUAAUUACUAGACUGAUCGACUGACGUGGUGUUAGAAUAGAUCUUAGAACUAUUACUGAAAUUUUGUUCAGACAGACAUAUCUUAAUAAGGGGUAUGUUUAGCAUGGACUCCCAUGGAUGUCAUUAAAGCACAAACCUUUAAGCAUUGUAUUGACUUUAAUUGUACAGUGUCAGUGAUGUAAACAUGUCAAAUGUACAGUAUCUUUUUUUUUUUUUUUUUUUUUUUUAGCUCUGUGUAUAUAUGUUGCAAAAUUAUUUAACCCCCAUUGCAAAUCAGGUUUAUUGUCAAAAUGUACAGACUUUCAGCUGUUUGCAAUGAACAAAUCAAAUAAAAGCAUUUGAAAUAGUUAAACGCAACGAAUGCUUCAAGUGGUUUCCCCAAAUUCAACUAUAAAUGCAACUUAAAAUGACUUCUCCAGUCUCAAAAUUAUUCAACCUCUACAUGGCAAAGAUCUUUAGUACUUAGUAGAGCACCCUUUUGCUGUUAUGACCUGCUGCAAAUGAGAUGCAUAGCCAGACACAAGAUUCUGGCAGCGUUCCUGAGGAAUCUUAUCCCAAUCCUCAUGAGCAAUGGCCUCCAGUUCAGUAAUAUUCUUGGGUUUGCAUGCUGCAAUCACCUUCUUCAAAUCCCACCUGAGAUUUUCUAUGGGGUUCAAGUCAGGUGACUGUGAUGCCCCUGUAGAAUCUUCCAGGACUUCUUCUGCAACCAAGCUUUGGUGGAAUUUGAGGUAUGAUUGGGAUCAUUGUUCUGUUGGCAGGUCCACUGAUGCCCAAGAUUCAGCUUCCUCACAGACAGCAUGAUGUUUUCUCCUAGGAUUUCCUGAUACUUCAAUGAAUCCAUCUUGCCUUCCACACACUGCAGGUUUCCAGUGCCAAAGGAUGCAAAGCAGCCCCAGAGCAUCACCGAGCCACCACCAUGCUUGACUGUUGACAGAGUGUUCUUUCUUCAUUCUUCUUCCUCCAGACAUACUACUGAUCCAACGUGCCGAAAAGUUCCAGUUUUGUUUCAAUGCCCCCAAAACUUCUGUGGCGCCUUUUUUGCUAAUUAUUUUGAGUUGCCUUUUCUUGUGCUUUUGGGUCAGUAGUGGUGUACGUCUUGGAGUUCUGGCAUGGAAAACUUCUGUGUUUAGUACUCGCUUUACUAUCCUCACUGAAACCUCAGUGUCUGUUGCACCAGGUCUUGCUGCAGAUCUUUUGCAGUCACUCGAGGGUUUUUCACAACCUGCCUUCUCAGAAAUCUGGUUACAGCCGUUGAUAGUUUCAUUUUUUCUGCCCUGUCCAGGUAUUUCAUAAAUUUACUGCCUCUGGCCAGUUCAGGUAUUUCAUGUGUUCCAGCUCAAGCACAUCUGGUGCAACUAAUGAAGCCCUUGAUUAGUUGCAUCAGGUGUGCUUGAGACAACACCUGUUUUGCAUAUUUAUGCUGUUGUGGGGGAUUCUAUUCAGGGUGUUGAAUAACUUUGAAACUGCAGAAAUCUUUAUAAAUGGUAGAUUUUGGGGAUACCACUUGAAGCCUUCGUUGUGUUGAACUAUUUCAAUUGCAUUUUUUUUAUUUGU